GUCAGACCUGGACCAAAACCCUCGAGCGGCUGCGUCACCGGCGCGUGCUUGCUUCCGCCUGACCGCGCAAAAUCUCACACCACCCUUUCCCCCCGCCGCCACGAACGCCAUGGCCGCAGCGCUUCUGCUCCGCGGCCUCCGCUCGUCGGCGAGCCGGGCACGCCCUACUUUUCCCUCACCCGGGUCGACUCCGCCGCCCUUCACCUCAUCCCUUCUCCACCGCCUCUACUCCUCUGCGGCUGCAUCGGCGGCCACCUCUCCCGCUUUUGCGCUGGGAGGCGUCACGGACCCGUCCCGUAUCCGCAACGUGGCGGUGAUAGCCCACGUCGACCACGGGAAGACCACGCUGAUGGACCGGCUCCUGCGGCAGUGCGGCGCCGACAUCCCCCACGAGCGCGCCAUGGACUCCAUCAGCCUCGAGCGCGAGCGAGGCAUCACUAUCGCUUCCAAGGUCACUUCUGUCCCUUGGAAGGAGAAUGAGCUCAACAUGGUCGAUACACCUGGCCAUGCUGAUUUUGGUGGUGAAGUCGAGCGAGUUGUUGGAAUGGUUGAAGGAGCGGUGUUGGUUGUUGAUGCUGGGGAGGGACCUUUAGCACAGACCAAAUUUGUGCUUUCAAAGGCUUUGAAGUAUGGCUUGCGACCGAUCCUCCUCCUCAACAAGGUUGACAGGCCUUCAGUUUCUGAAGAAACCUGCAGUGAAGUUGAGAGCUUGGUUUUUGAUCUUUUUGCAAAUCUGGGUGCUACAGAAGAACAGUUGGAUUUCCCAGUUCUUUAUGCAUCAGCUAAAGAAGGAUGGGCUUCCUUGAAAUUCACCAAGUGUCCUCCUGAUAGUGCAAAAAAUAUGUCUCCAUUGCUUGAUUCCAUUGUACAGCACGUUCGUCCCCCAAAAGCUGACCUUGAGGCUCCAUUCCAAAUGUUGGUUUCCAUGAUGGAGCGCGAUUUUUACCUAGGACGAAUACUCACUGGGCGAGUAACUUCUGGAGUUAUCCGUGUUGGCGACAAGGUUCAUGGUCUGCGUGGCACAGAUGAAGGGGUUCAGAAGAUUGAGGAUGGAAAGGUUGUCAAGGUGAUGAAAAAGAAAGGCACAAACAUGGUAACAGUAGAGGCUGCAGGAGCUGGUGAUAUAAUCUCAAUGGCUGGAUUGUCUGCUCCAGCAAUUGGACAUACCGUGGCCAAUCCUGAGGUUUUGACUGCUCUGCCUACUGUUGAGUUGGACCCUCCCACAAUAUCUAUGACUUUUGGUGUGAAUGAUUCACCACUGGCUGGUCGUGAUGGCACUCAUGUAACUGGAGCAAAAAUUGGGAACCGUCUGAUGGGAGAGGCAGAAACAAACUUGGCAAUUAAUGUUCUUCCUGGACCAUUAUCAGAAUCUUAUGAAGUUCAAGGAAGGGGGGAGCUUCAGUUAGGAAUCUUAAUUGAGAACAUGCGACGUGAAGGAUUUGAGCUUUCAGUUUCACCCCCGAGAGUGAUGUACAAAAUAGAGCGUGGCGAAAGGCUAGAGCCCAUUGAAGAAGUAACUGUCGAGGUAGACGAGGAGCAUGUGGGAUUUGUGUUGGAAACUCUUACACACAGGAAGGGUGAAGUAUUGGACAUGGGCCCUGUUCCUGGAGCAAUUGGAAGAACUCGGGUCUUUAUGACCUGUCCAUCUAGGGGUUUGGUGGGUGUUAAAGGAAUUUUCAACAGCUUUACACGUGGAACUGGAUUUAUGCACCGUGCUUUCCAAUCAUAUGCUAAAUACAGAGGUCAGCUAGGCACUGUUAGAAAAGGAGUUCUGGUAUCUGUUGGCAAGGGAUCUAUCACUUCACAUGCACUUAUGAGUUUAGAAGCUCGUGGUACUCUUUUUGUCUCUCCUGGGAUGGAGACGUAUGAAGGCAUGAUAGUUGGCGAACAUUCACGUGACAGUGAUCUUGAGAUCAAUCCUGUGAGAACUAAAGAACUUACAAACAUCCGGGCUCCAGGGAAGGAUGAAAAUAUCCGCCUGUCUCCGCCUCGCUUGAUGAGUUUGGAAGAGGCAAUUGGAUAUGUUGCUGCAGAUGAGCUUAUUGAGGUUACUCCCAAGGUCAUACGGCUCCGUAAGAAAUACCUGGAUGCCAACAAACGUAAGAUGAUGAAAAAUAAAAUAGUGGAUUGAAGCUCGAAUGACAUCUAGUACUGCUAGCGCUGCUAGUAUUGUGCUAUCAUCCAAAAGGUGUAUCUGGUUUUUGGUGUUAGCAGCAAUUUUGCAUACUAGGCCCAUUUAGGUCCUAUACACAGCGGUGGGAUGAUUGCUUCGUGGGACGCCAACAACGAAUAAGCGCAGGUUGGAGCUGCUGCUGUAACAAAAGUGAGUAGAUUUGAGUUAGGAUUGCCUUCUGCAGGUGAUUAUACCUAAUCUAUAGCAUUCUUAUAUUCUUAUAGGGUUUGUUUGGAUGUAGACAUUGAGAUGCUUGGCAUUGAAUUGGCUCCAAUGCCAAUACCACAAGAUAUUGAUAUUGAGAACGAAUGUCAAUAUUUCUGUUUGGGUGUUUAGGCAUUUAAAACCAGACUUCAUAUUGAGGUUGAA